AUGUCGGGGGAAGAGGUCUCCCCGUACACGCACCAGCUCGCUAUCAAGCUCUCUCAGGCGCUGAACACUCUUGCCCCCAAUGACCUCCUUGCUCAACGCGUCACCGAGAUCGCGAAAAGCCACGAUGCGGAGGGGUUCAUGAAGGCGGCGCGCACCUUCGGCUUGGCCAAACUGAAGGACUCAUACCUUUCUGAGCUGCAUUCUGAGAUCUUGACGCAUGCGAAGCAAGAGGCAACCGGUGUCGCUCCCCAACCCAUGGAAGGCAUCACAGUCCAUGACAGUGAUGUGUUGCAACCCGAGCCGAUGCGCCCAGGGGGACUACAGAGGAAGGACACACGGCACCAAUUUCGUGCACCCCCGAAGCCCUUGGAACCACCAACGCCGCGAACUUCCAUCCUUGGUCUCGAUCGUCUGGCAAAAGAGAAGCGUGCUGCUGCUGCAGCAGAGGAAGGUCAGAGGAAGAAACCUCGGCUGGAUGAUGAUUCCGUAUUCAAAGUCCCCUCCCUCCCUGGCGCACGCGCUGGCAACAUCCGUCAGCGUGGCGAAGAGACACCGUCCCAUCCCGGUGGCCUGAACGAAGUCGCUCGUAAGCGGUUAGAAGAGCAUAAAAUCAAGCGCGCUCGCGAGGGUAUCAAGGCUGCAAACGAGCGCCGAGUGGAUGAGCCCCGCGGCCUCGGCGACUUCCAGCGCCGCUCGAACCGCGACAGAGGGUAUGGCGAUCGUCGUGGACGAGAUCGGGACUACGACCGCGACCGCGACUAUGACCGCGACCGUGAGCGUGACAAUGGCUAUAGCCGCGACCGUCGCGGCGACUCUCGCAGCUGGGACGCCACUCCACGACGCGACGCACCCAGUGUGCGGCAGUCCAAUUGGGACGAGACGCCCCGCGGCGGGCGCGACUCUCGAGACGGGCAGGGAUGGGGCGGCGCGCGGAACCGGAAGUGGGACGCUCCCACGCCACGAGCCAACCGCGGAGGCGUGGACGACGAUGACGGCUCAGACGACGGGAAUGUGCCGGGCAUCGACGUGCGUGAGUGGGAGGAGGAGCAGGUUCGACUCGAUCGGGACUGGUAUACGGGGGUGGAGGAGGGUAUUGCGGGCGAUGAGGAGCACAAUCCGCUAGCGCAGUACGAGGACUUGGCAGUGUUGAAGCAGGCUGAAAUUGCUACGAAGGCUUCGAUCUCCGCCCGCCAAGCCCAAUACAACGCUGACAACGACCUAUGGGAAGCCAACCGCAUGCUCACUUCCGGCGUCGCCACCCGGCGUACCAUCGACCUCGACUUCGAAGACGAGUCCGAGUCUACCGUGCACGUCAUGGUCCACGACCUCAAGCCACCAUUCCUGGACGGGCGCACCGUAUACACAAAGCAACUCGAUCCCAUCAACCCCAUCCGCGACCCCACUAGCGACAUGGCCGUCUUCUCCAAGAAGGGCAGCGCACUCGUGAAGGAGAAGCGCGAGCAGGCUGAACGUGCGAAGGCCGCUGCGAAGCUCGCUGCUCUGGGUGGUACCGCGCUCGGCAACAUCAUGGGCGUGAAGGACGAGGAGGCGGAGGCUAUAGCCGAAGACGAGCGCCGGGAGAAGGAGGCAAAGGCGAAUGGCGAGAAGGAGGAUUACAAGGGCGACUCCAAGUUCGCGGCGCAUAUGCAGCAGACGGCCGGGCAGAGUACGUUUGCUCGCACGCGCACGUUGAAGGAGCAGCGCGAGUAUCUGCCUGCGUUCGCAUGUCGCGACGACCUGAUGAUGACGCUGCGCGAGAAUCAGGUGGUCGUGGUCAUUGGCGAGACCGGAUCGGGAAAGACGACGCAGCUUGCACAGUUCCUGUACGAGGAUGGGUACUGUGAGUUCGGCCUCAUCGGGUGUACGCAGCCGAGGCGUGUCGCUGCCAUGUCAGUAGCCAAGCGUGUCAGCGAGGAGAUGGAGGUGCGCUCAAAUUCCCUGGUACCUGCGAUGCGCUUACUCAUCUCUUUCAGUGCAAACUUGGCUCUACUGUCGGCUAUGCCAUUCGAUUCGAGGAUUGCACUAGUGCAGAGACGAAGAUCAAGUGUACGUGCCCCGCUCUAUGCGCGAACGAUCUUGGCUGAUGUGCUGGUCUAG